AAGUUGGCAGAAACCCUAUCGAACAAAGCCCGACAAGAGAAUCUGUUCAAGCUGCGGCCGGGCUCAUCGGAAACUUGUGGACCCCGUGGAAUGCAAAAUAGCUUCAAUGUGAACCAAAAAGGACAACAGUCUGGUGAGAGCAACGACGGAGCUGCUCGCUCCGUCGCUCACGACACAAAACGAGGGUCACCGAUUGAGGUUUGUAUGUCUCCAUCGGUUCUCUUCGCAAUCAAAGAAUCGAUGUAG